AUGAUGCCUAAAAGAUGGUAUUCCUCUGCUAAUUUUGAUGCAAAGAAGCCGCCAUCCCCACAUGCAAUGAUGUAUAGAAAGUGGGGCAAGCCUGUUGGACGGUUAUUGGUAUUAAGUGUUGGCAGUUACUAUACACUGUUCUAUCUUUGGGAGUAUUUAAACAAGAAGGAAUUGCAAAGAGAUAUGAUAGCAAAAUGA